UUCUUGUGGGAGGAGAUGCCAAGGGAGAGGAAGACCCUAGGAUUCAAACUCCAGACAAUCCGCAAGAAAACCUCAUUCCCAGGAAGUGGUCAGCUUAAGGAACUUCGUCCCACAAGAUCUGGCAAAGUAUCGCAGGGCCGAGGAUCUCCACAGCGCAAGGGCCACCGCUCGAUGGGAUUGAUGUAAGGAGACGUCCUGCGGUCAGUCUGGGCCUGGCUGGAAACACGCAGACCUCGGUGCGAGCGAUGUGCAGAGGAUGAUGGAAAACAAGGACCUGGAGGCCGAGAUCCACCCGCUGAAGAGCGAGGAGGGGAAAGCCCAGCCGAGCCAGGAGGCUGGCGUGGAGAAGAAACAGGCCUCCGGAAAGGUGGUCACCUACACCCGGGUCUCCCCGUGGCGCACCGCCGCCUUCUUCCUCUCGCUCUUCUCCUGCCUGUUCACCGUGCUGCUCCUCUCCUUCAUCCUCCCCUGCCCGAUACGGCAGCGCUCCGAGAAAACGUGGCGGCGAGACUACAAUGUGGCCGUCACCUAUGACUUCCUGGCGCUGGAGGAUGUGAACAUGGACAAGGUCCAAGACGUCCUGUUUCUUUACAAAGGCGCCCACAGCGACGGGGAAGCUUCCAACCAUUCUUGUGGAGACGUCGGUCUGGACACCCCAUGUGCCUUCGCCGUGGCAGCAUCAGGGACCAACGGUGCCUUGCUCUGGCAGAGGCCCAUUGCCCAGGAUGUCACCCUCACCCAGUGUGCCAUCCCCCAGCUGGGGGCCACGGCCUCGCCCGGCUGCCUCGUGGCGGGGGAACCCCGGACCCUCACCGCCUUUGACCCUCAGACAGGGGAGACACGGUGGACGGGGCCCAUAAGCUUCGGCGCUAACGCUUCCAUGCUGCGCCCCUUCCUCGAGACGCCAGAUGCCGACGGAGACGGGGCCCGGGACCUGCUGUUCUUCGCCAGGGAGGAUGACGAGAUUAAAAGUUCCAUCCACUCUGGCAAAACGGGGCAGCAGAUUGGCUCCAAAGGCAGCCUCGGCCUCAGAGGAGACGUCGGUUACGUGCUGCACGUCACCAAGUCGGGCGCCUACUAUGUUGUCUUUCACUCUGCGAGCUUCCUCUAUGGCUACUCCCUGAAGGAUCUCUAUGACUCGAUGACUGGGACCAUUAGCGAACUGAAGAAAGAUCCCAGCUGGGAGAAGAUGAUUCAUAACGUCACCCACCGCCUGCCCGUGCUCAGCUCCAGAGUCAUUCAGUUCCUGGUGAAGUUGCCUGUCGAGGGAGGCGAGAACCUGCUAGUGGUCAAGUCAGACGGCUGCGACCUGCUCGAUGGAGAGAAGCUUGUGCCCCUGUGGACCCUGAACGCCACCGGAAUCAUGCGAGAGCCCAUCCUCGGCUACUACAAACCAGACAUGCCUGCAAUCGCACUGGAAGACGGAGCCGGCAACCGCAGGAAGAUCCUGAUCGUGGACAGCAGCUCGGGCUCCCUGCUGUGGAGCUGCCCCCUGAAGUCAGAUCCAAGGACUCCCAGGUCGGCCACCUUGCAGACCGCAGACCACCGUUCAGCCUUCUUCUUCUGGGGCAGCGAGCAGCUGGCCAGCGCCAAUGGGACGGAACCCAGUGACCUUCAGAGCCUUUAUAUGUUUCACCCAACCUUCCCCACCACACUUUUGGAGCUGGCUAAUGUGACUGACAACAUCGUGGCCUUUGAAGCGGUGCUGUUCGAGCGGAGCCGCCACGCCUGUUACGUCCUGCUGACCGGACCCCCCGCCGGGGCGGGGCCGGGCCCGGUGACCCUCCUGAAGCGGAAGGUGAAGGAGGACAUCCUGACUAGUAGAGUGGUGCAGCUGGGUCAAGAGGAGCCCGAAGGGGACAAGGCCAUCAGAGACCGCUUUUACCGGAUGCGCUACAGGAGCCCAGCCUGAGCCGGGCUUGGGGCGCGCUGGGGGUCCUGUCCGGGGCAUGUCCCCCAAAGCCUCCGACGCUGAAAUUAAAAGCCUCCAAGAGACCCA